GACGGCCAGGCCGUCCUGCGGGCCAUCGUCGCCCGCGCCGGCCUCGGCCUCCUGGCGCCGGGUGGGCGCCUGGUCGCCGUGGCGCAGGUGCCGGACGUCGAGGGCCUGCCGGCCCGGCUCGCGGAGUGGCUGGAGGGCAGCGCCGGGCGGGCGCCUGGCGGAGCUGCGGCCGGCGUUGGCCUCUGGGGCGUCGUCUUCCGGAGCGCGCCCACGGCGGCCGAG